CUAAAACUUUCUUCACUUUCCCUUUAUGAAAAUGGCGAAAAAUCAAGCUUCUUCGUCUCGUUGGAGUGUUGAGUGGCUGUGCGUAUUAGCCUCUUUACGUGCAAGCAUAUCCUGUUCCGCUUAAUUUCUUCGCGUGGGUAAGUCGUUUUUGUGUUGUCUUGGUGCAAAGUGACAGCUUAUUCUUGUCUGCCGAAAGAAAGACAAAGCAAGUUUUCAUUGUCUCGUUAACGUCACAGUUACAUCUCGGCUAGAUGCAACAUCAGAAUCAUUCAAUACGCAAGUGUAAUUUUUUUGUGGGGGAAUGGUGACAUCCCACUGUUUAAUAAUUUCAGCUGUAUCAUUUUUAAAGGUUUAACCACAGUCUGGUAAUAAACAAAGUACUUCGCUAAUGAUGGCAAGGAUUUAAGAAUUGAGACUCAAACUAAUCGCAUUUCCAUUUAGUUUACUCGACGUCUGUAAACGAAUUGCAAUAUUUACAAAGCACACAGAUAGCACACAGCUAUCACUGAGAACUAUGCGAGGCUUUAGACUCCUGUCUGAUACCGCAGUUUACGACGUUUUCAUCAUUAAUCUUCUCGAUGCGAAUUUUUUGGAACAGAAACUUGGCCAGUCUUCAAAUUAUGAGCUUCAGACUACAUUACGUACUCGAGUCUCGCGCCAUCGGGCGCACAUUAUAUACUUCUAUCACACGAAGUCAACACAGUGCCAGAAUUGAAUUCAGUCCGGCCGCGGGGUCAAUAAAAUCCCGUCUUUGGUCCAAAGAACAUUUGUAAUGGGAGAUAUUUUGGAUCUUAAUUUUUCGUCUAGCGUCGCGUCAAAUGUUAUUUAGUGUCCAGUGUCUGAGCGAAGCGUCCACAGGGUGUAAGGAGGUAAACAGAACAUUUCUGAGCUAUAAAAGCAAAUCGGGCCUAAAGCAUUAGACAUUUGCUUCUGUAAGCGUAAAGCAUGAAGACGUUACUAAUCAUCGCGACAACUUUGCUGCUGAAUGCGGCGAAAAUUUCGCAAUGUGUUCACGCUCGGAACUUUGAAGGUGGUAGCGGUGUGCACAUGAUUUACCCACACGAGGGAUCUCAUCCUAAAAAUGUCCUAAUAGGCAGUGGUCUGCUAUUAAAGCCAGUUGAGAGCACUCAACCAAAGAGCAUAGACGACUGCGAGGAACAACUUCAGAAACCGAGCGAGCGUGAUUUGAAUGAGAGGCGACUUCUCAAACGCCUUGGAGGCAAGAUAGAUGAGCGCUUUUUGUCAGUGACUGAGCCCUCGCAGAUGUCCGACGAACCGAUCGUGCAACGAGUUUCACUGCGUGGCAUCACGACCGCAGAAAAAAACUUUCUCAGGCAGGUUAUCAGGAACGAGACUAUACCUAAGAUGGGUAAAACGUCCCUAUCUGUUGAAAGGUUUUUGAUGAAAUGGCUCAUUCACAAAUCGGACUGUCCUGUGGAAAGAACUUGGAAGCACUUGGGGAACUGCUAUUGGCCGCGGUGGAUCUCAAUGGGCCGCUGUGUAAACAAGCAGUGCUCGUGGCCUCAUGGGAUGUCGUGUGUUCCCUCUGAUCCAGUCUCAGUGAUGAUGUUACGAUGGCAUUGCCGCAAAGUCCGAGACGGGCGGAAAGGGAAGAGACCUGGGGCCCAAGCUUCAAAUAUAUCUUGUCGGUGGUCGAAGUUCCGUUAUCCUAUAAUUAAUAAUUGUGCAUGCAAGUGCAAAGAAAAGCCUCAUGUUUCUGAAAGACUGUUGCCAGUGCGACCUCUUGGAAAUUAAUUAAGUUAAAAGGUAAAAUGCUCUAAGUGGUGGCAUGGCAACCAAAACGAAACUAUACUUCAUUCAUCCGAAAUAUAUGUAAAGCUCUAUCUUUUGAAACUGAUGGCCUCGUAAUGCCUAGCAAACAGUUAGCUCCACUCCUUAUACCUCGAGCCUUCCAGGAAAGGUGAUGGGAACUGGCAUGGGGUGGAUGAACGGAGACUGGGGACUAAGACGGUGUGCAUUUCAAUCUUAACAGUAUAACAUAAACGAUACUUUUCCAGCAUAGCAAAAAAUAACAGAUCUGAAGGGAAUGCGAGAAAACAAACAAAGAGGCAGACGAAUACUAUUUUGUCUUUUGCUGCUGCAGUACAUGGUUGCAACGAAUUUGUAUUCUCUUCAGAAAUAUUCUGUUAAGUCUCUGACACUUUGCAGAAAAUCUAUUUAUGUCGAUGAUUCUGGAUAGCCGUUUGAUUCAUAACACUUUGACAAAUGAGGUUCUAGUUAUUUCGAGUAUUGCGAAAGAACAUGACCUGAAAAGAUUAAAUGAUUGCUUCGAGUUAGCGUGAAAAUCCAGGCAUAUCAUAUUCUGGUUCGAGGUAGCGUUACCGAGGGUCCGAGUUAUCGUAAGUGGCUGACCGUAGUUAGUUUAGUUCAACACGGCUUAGCCACUGGAUGGCAGUGAUUUUCUCUUGCCUGGUGCAUAAUCUUCGUAAAAUCCUGCGUCGUAGCUUCAUUUUUUUUUUUUAGAAUACCUCUCUUCUCUACCCCGUCCUCUUCAUCUACUGCAGUCAUCGGUAUAACUGGAAAGAAACGGAAACGACGGGAUUAUAAAAACAUUUCAAGAUUUCUUUCUUCAGAUCGACUGAAGAAACAGCGCUUAAAUUGAUAGUGAAGUGGAAACGUGAUACAGCCAUAAACGAGAGGUCGCUCGAAAAUUGAACGUUGUUUAAAGAGGCGUGCAUUCAGGAACGUUUCUGCGUCGUGUCGGCUUAAGCUCCUCCCAAGCUCUCAGGUUAUAAGCUAACGCAAAGACCCCUAACAGGCUUACAGCAGGAUUUUGCGAUAUUUAUAAAUGAUUUAGUGGGUGCCAAGCACGUUCGCUAGGAGGCAAUCUAAAUAAAUAAAAAUCGGCUUAAAAGUAAAACCAUUUAACUUUUAGUUGAUAUAGCCUUGUUAACUGCUACGAUAUCUUUGGCGCCCCCUUUUUUUUCUUUUAGAUCACAUUUCGUUUUUAUAUCGCUAAUAAGAUGGCAUAGACCUCUACAGAGUCAUUAUAGAGUGAUACAAUGUCAAUUUUAUAAAUUGACCUCGUAUACCAUUUUAUGGUAUUUUACAAUGGUUGAUCUAGAGGCCAGGAGGGACUCCGUUAAUAGAAUGUCAGUGCCGGAGCCCCGAAAAUCCCCUUUACUCUCACAAACAGCUUUGAAAGUGAAAUAAGCUUCACCCAAAAUCAAUCUGCCUUUUUUUCAGGAGCCAAUAACUCCUACUUCUUUUAAAUAUAAAAACCACAUUAACUCCAAUUCUUCCACCCUGACCCUCCUUGUGAAGGCCCCUAGGUCCGCCAGUGCUCUUUACAAAGACUAAGUUGGAUGCGUGUCGUUCAAGUUCUCUUGAAAUAUAUUUUCCAUGCGUCCAUUGUAGCUUAUAUUAUUCUAUUUUUGGACACAUGAGUCUCCAUGAGUAUCAUUUUUAUCUUAUGUGUUUUGAUUGUAUUGCGUUCUUGUGUUUGCUUACGUUAUGUACCUGACUGCCUAUAUAUGAUUUUGUUGUAGUAUUGCUGUGCGGUCGUUCUAUCCCAUAACAUGGUUAUUUCAGGUAGCCAAUACUCUUAGCUUCCCUAAUUUACUGACACGAUUUGUAAAUUACGAAUAAAGAAUGGGUAAAAUAAAGCGUUGUUAAUUA